ACACCAGACUGUUGUGUGCUCUCAGAUGGUUACAGGAAGGGGGAUGGGAAUCUUGUCUUUGUUGGGAGACCUAAAGAAUACAUCGGCUUCUCUUUUUUUCACACUGAAGUUUGCUCUCACCAUUCUGGGGAUUUAUUUCCUUUGUGUUUCAUUUUUUGUCGCUUAUACCUUGAUGGAAUGCCAACCUUAUAUGUAAAGAUGAAAACAGUGGAUUAAAUUCUCUUAGUGUCAGACGAUAGCAAAAAAGAAAACUCAAGAAUAUAAGGUAUAGUACGCAUGCUGUUCUGUUUCUAAAUCUCUGAGAGGCAUAUUGGCUGAUGGUUUUGAGAAAGGCUGCUAAUGCUUUGUUGUCAUGCCUGAGCACCUGCAGGAAAAGUGUGACUUUGCCAGUAGAGAAGGAUUACAAACACAGCCUGUCCACUUGACUGGUAGUAAAAAUAAUUGCAAGAACAAGUUAUCCCUGAGAAAUAAUAUGUGCUGUGAUCUCAAUUGGAGAAUGCGUGAAUAACACAAUCAUAAACAAAAAGAAUGACUGAAGUGCCACCUGGACAUUGUUUACAGAAUGCCCAGUCAUUAAGCAAUACGCUGAGACUUAUCCACUACCUCUGUCUGUUAAAAUCACUUCUGGAUUAGUUUGCUAUGGGUACUACAACUGAAGAAAGCGUCCCAGUGGACCAAAAUAUUUCCACGGACUCUGUGUGCUUUGAGUGUGGACAGCAGCAUUGGACAAGGGAGAACCACCUUUAUAAUUACCAGCAUGAAGUAGACGAUGACUUGGUCUGCCAUAUCUGCCUUCAGCCUUUGCUACAACCACUGGAUACCCCAUGUGGACACACUUUCUGCCACAAGUGCCUAAAGAACUUUUUGCAAGAAAAGGACUUCUGCCCACUUGACCGCAAAAGGCUGCAUUUUAAACUCUGUAAGAAAUCAAGUAUUCUUGUCCAUAAACUCCUAGACAAGCUCCUAGUGUAUUGCCCAUUUUCUACAGUUUGCACAGAAGUAAUGCAACGCUGCAACCUAGAAGCCCAUCUUAAAAAUAGGUGCCCUGGAGCCUAUAGCCAUAGGAAAGCACUGGAGAAUCAGAAUCCUUGCCAAGAGCAGGAAAAUGGUGAUGAAACCAGAAAUACUGCAACGGACCCUGAAGUUGCCAUUUCAUCAGGUACAGGGCACAUGGAGACAGAGACAGGAGUUAUUUCUGCAGAGUACAAUUCCUUUGCAGUGACAAUGCCAGUGCGGAGAGAUAAUUGCAGUCUGGACAACUCUGCAUUUGAGGAGCCAACAGAAGACCCCUCAACAAAGCCACCCAGUCUACCAGAGGGAGAAAUUACAACAAUCGAGAUUAGCCGUUCUAAUCCAUACAUGGAGCUGGGUGUAAGCAUUGUCGGUGGGAACGAGACUCCACUGAUCAACAUCGUCAUUCAGGAGGUUUAUCGAGAUGGCGUCAUCGCCAGAGAUGGAAGACUUCUGGCAGGGGACCAAAUACUGCAGGUAAAUGGAGUUGAUAUCAGUAAUGUGCCUCAUGACUAUGCCAGGGCCAUCUUCACCCAGCCCUGCACUGUGCUCCAUCUUACUGUCCUCAGAGAACGUCGGUUUAGUAAUCGGCUGCAAGCUCCACAUGACAGUGGCUCACCACGAGAUGACAGUUUUCAUGUCAUACUGCAUAAAAGAGACUCGUCCGAACAACUGGGCAUUAAAUUAGUGCGUAGAACAGAUGAGGCUGGUGUUUUCAUCCUUGAUCUUCUGGAAGGAGGAUUAGCUGCUCAGGAUGGAAGACUGAGCUGUAAUGAUCGAGUGCUUGCCAUAAAUGGACAUGACCUAAGGCAUGGAACACCAGAGCUAGCUGCUCAGAUUAUCCAGGCUAGCGGUGAAAGAGUUCAUCUGGUGAUUACCAGAGCACGCAGACAGAACACAAAUGGUAUCAGGGAAACAGGACUGCAUAACAAUAUUUGCCAGUACCAGCACCCUUCUCAACAGCUGUAUCAAGGCAGGACAGGGUCACAUAAGGACUUGUCUCAGACUAUUACUUGCCAAGAAAAGCAGAUCCUGAUAAAAAAAGAAUCCCACGAAUCCCUAGGAAUGACAGUAGCUGGAGGUCGAGGUAGUAAAAGCGGUGAGCUACCUAUCUUUGUUACCAGUGUCCAGCCGCAUGGCUGCCUUGCUAGAGAUGGCAAGAUCAAGCGUGGUGACAUUUUGCUAAGUAUUGGUGGCAUAGACCUUACAAAUCUAAGUCACAGUGAGGCAGUAGCCACGCUGAAGGCUAGUGCUGCCUCACCCAUUGUUGUGCUAAAAACUUUGGAGGUUCAGAAUGACACAAAAAAUCAAAGUGAUGAAGAGCAGAUAAGCAUGAAUAAUGAAAAUGACUGUGAUGUCAGCUGGUCUCCCUCGUGGAUCAUGUGGUUGGGACUUCCAAGCUACCUUCACAGUGUUCAUGAUAUCGUUCUGAGAAGAAGUAAUCUGGGAAGCUGGGGCUUCAGCAUUGUUGGAGGCUAUGAAGAGAAUCACACCUAUCAACCAUUCUUUAUAAAAACAGUCGUACUUGGCACACCAGCACAUAGUGAUGGCCGAUUAAAGUGUGGUGAUAUGAUUUUAGCUGUCAAUGGAGUGUCUACUUUCGGAAUGAGUCACUCAGCUCUUGUUCCAAUGCUAAAAGAACAAAGAAGUAAAGUAAUACUGUCCGUUGUCUCUUGGCCUGGAAGCCUCAUCUAAGAUGUUCAGAGACUUGUUACCAAACAGGAACAAUCACUAUAAAGAUUGUAUUUUUUUCUUUAGAACUUAGCUGGUAAUGAGCAAGGCCAAACUGCAUUCAUCAUGCUGAUUUUAGAAAGAUUUCUAUGUUUUUAUUUGCAUUAUCAUUGUUUGUUAAUGUCUACUGGAAACAGCAUGUUUGAAAAGUAAGGCAUUAAAAUACAUUUUCUGUCCGUGGUCUUUGUUUCAAGCCUUACCAAAGUGACCAGCUUCAUAUGCAAUCCGCGCCUUACACUAGUAGUUUGUUUUCUUGUGCUCUUUUAUUUAUUUUAUUAUGGUUUUCACAGGAGUGUUUAAAGAGUCCAUACAGACUUGACAUAUUUGUGUCCUUGGUUCCAAGUUGCAAGGCUCUUUACAUGCUAGUGACGAGUGACUUUGCAUUGUAUAUUGAGCAGUUUAAACAAUGUGACAGAAUAUGCCUGAAAAGUCUGUAAACAUUCAGAUUUGCUGUGCACAUUUUUUCAUUUUUGGACUCCUUAAUUCCAUCAGUUACUGUGUUUCUUUUGCUGGCAAGGUUGCAUUCCUGAAAUACCAAAUACAGGAACUGUGGCAUUUUAAACUCAAACAGGUUAAAAGCCACAAGCCAUGAGCUCUAGGCUCUAUAUCAUUUAUUUACAAUACAAUUCAGCCAUUGUAACACCACAGAAUGCCUUUAUAGUUUGUAUUGCAAAAUUUUAAUUUUAAUAUUUUGUUUCUUUGUUGUUUUUUUUAUGUGCAUGCUGACAUUCUGGUUGGCUAUAAAAUGUAUUUAUUAUUUUAUUUUCUGUACAAUUUUUAAUGAAUCAUUGUGUGGUAGUUUUUAGGUCAGGAUUCAGCUAGUGCCUACACAUUUUUAUGGAAUCAUAUCAAGGGUUGAACAUUGCAUUAAUUUUUGUUUCAUGAAAUGUACAGUCUUGAUACUUUUUAAUCAUGAAAUACAAUAAGCAUCAUGUGUUCUUUCACUGUAUAUACGUUUUUAUGAUAAGAAAACAUUGUAAAUAGUAACUCUCAGUUUUACACACUUUGAACCAUCAUUGCAUUUCCUGGAAUAUGUUCAGUCCAUUCUUUUAAUUCCAACUUAUCGAAAAGAACCAGGUGUGAUGCUUUGUUUUAAUACUCACAGUUUCCUUUCUGUGAGAUCCACUUUUAUUAUAUGAAUCAUUGUAUGUUAGUAUGCCGUAAUGAACACUUGUAUUGAAACUGUAAAUAAACAAGUAUCUUAAUCUGA